UGACCAAUUUCGAUUUUUCUAUCUUAAUAUGGGGUCUUUGAUUAAGCAGUCAAAAUUAGACAAAAUUUAAUACCCUUAGGUGCGUCAAACUAGAUUCAUGUUGCUGCAUACACAAAAUACACACAGGCGAUAAAAUUAACAUAGUGUAUUUACACGAGACGAACACAAUCAGAAACUGCAAUGCCGCACUUUGACCUGAGUGGCCGAUGGUACCGCCGGCGGUUUCCGUUUCAUCGGAGCUUCCAUCAGGGUCACCAUGCAGGUGACUUUUUGGAGGAGGAGGAGGAUCCCAGGCAAAGGGGCGUCCUGCGGAGAACCAGCUGCCAGCGAUACCGUGAACGACUGCGCUCCAAACGCCUACAACAGCUCCUCCAUGGACUUUCCAUCAUGGCAACGGUGGCGGUGGUGGUUGUCCUGAUCCUCUUCCUCGGCAUAAAGUUGUCCACCGAGCAGUUGGACUAUACAGCACCACGUGAGGAAGGCCUCUGGUCGGGUUUCCUGCGGCUGCUGGGCUUGGAGCAGGAGGAUUAUCUGUCAGGAGAUUUGUAUAUGCAUAAUAAAAAUGAUUUCUGCAGUCCCGAGACUCUGGACUUGGGUCGGAUCUUUCGGUAUAUGGGCAGGGUGGUCCUGAAUCAGGAGCAGGCACUGUCCCGCAUGGAGAGGGCGUUGGGCGGUUCCGGGCGUUUCCGGUCGGUGGCUCUGCUUGGACCUCCGGGCGUGGGAAAAUCCCUGGCUGCAGAUACCCUGCGCCAGUGUUUUCCCUGGCCGGGAAAUGCUCACUCCUACUCCUGGAGCACCGAAGUGCCGGAUGGAGCGAGUAAGUUCCGACUGAUCAGGCAGUUUGCCGAUGGCCUUUCCGAGUGCGGAGUCAAUCUGCUGAUCAUCGACAAUCUGACGACCUGUGAUUACGGCCUGGUGUCCAUCUACAAUCGAUUGAUCCUGGAACGCGAGGGCGAACCAACGGGCAAUCAAACGGUCCUGGUCGUCUACGUUUUCAAUCUGGAGUCAAAUCUGUACUGGGAGCAGUUCGAGUUGCUGCAGGAACUGCCGGCGGAGACCACCGUCGUAAACUUUCGGUUCUUCGAUGAGGAUGACCUGCUGGAUUGUCUGGCCAGUGAGUUGAAAAAGGAGCACCGUGCUCUCAGCAGUAAGAAGGAGUCCUUGCUGCUCCAGGAAGCAUUGAAAACUGUCCAAAGCUCAGGAUGCAAACUCCUGCGACGGCUGAUACUGCAACAUGGAGCAUAGCAUAAAAUUUAUGUCGUGUAUACAGCCAACCACUCACCUUUCGACAUUAAUACUUUUGUUUAUUCGUAGUAGCUUGUUAAAGAUUUAAUGGCCGUAUAUUAUUGUUUUUUCUGCUAGCCUAUAGAAUAUGAAUUUGGCAUAAACACCUAGUAAAACACCAAAUUAAAGUGAUGUUAAUCUGUUACUGA